CAUGUGGAGCGGAGUGGUUGAAUCCUCAGCGUUCUCCCGUGAGUUACAACAGUUACAGCCAAGCAGUUAUGUUGCUUUCCUCCUCUGCAGUUCGUGUAAGGUGAAAAAAACUCAGCCAGAGACCCUUUCCUGGCAAACAAGAGAAAUCCAGGCAAGCAAGUUCAUUAAAGCUGUAACAGUUUGGUUACUGAUGAAGGUGCUAAGCAGUUGCAAUGCACCCAAAAGUUUAAGUUCAAAAGAGAUGGAGGCUUUAACUGCACACUCGUCAGAGGAGGAUCUGAAAAAACGUCACCUCUCCAUGACAUGUGAUAAUGAAGAUGAGCCAUGUCAGCUGAUUGAUCGUCACAGGAAAAGAAAGAAUGUGAUAUCUUUGCCAUUUACGUUCAGACGAUCUACCCAUGAAUCAGAAAGUCGGGGACAUAUAGAAUCUGUGUUGAAAUCACCUUUGUUUGGUCUUCCUCUGUCUCUCGUUUACGGUGCUGAAGAUACGCUGCCCAAAUCUAUACAGGGUAUCCUUACAAUACUGUUCCAGAAAGGACCAUUUUCUGAAGGGAUAUUUCGAAAAGCUGCCAAUGAGAAGGCACGCAAGGAGCUGAGAGAGGAAUUAAAUGCUGGAGACAACGUUGCCUUAGGAAAAAAGUCUGUUUAUCUGCUAGCUGUGGUUUUUAAGGAUUUCCUCCGAAGUAUUCCCCACAAAUUGUUGCUGACUGAACUUUAUGAUGAGUGGAUGACAGCAUUAGAAAAAAUAAAUCAUCAAGAGAAAACUGAAGCCAUGAAAGAGGUUGCAAGCAAAUUGCCACAGCCGAAUCUUCAUUUGCUCAAACGCGUGCUUUCUCUUCUUCAACACAUCAGCAAAAACUCCAAAGUCAACAAAAUGGAUUCCAGCAACCUCGCUAUCUGUUUUGGACCAACCAUGUUGAGUCCAAAUUGGGACAAAAGCCUGCCACUUGAAAUCCAGAAAGAACUGGCUGAUAAGGUGAAGGCACUGGUGGAAUUCCUCAUUAAUAAUUGUUCGGAUAUAUUUGGAGAAGAAAUCUACUCACUGUUGUCUAGGAAUACCGAUAAUUCCCUGGAUAUGACAGAAACAUCAUCACCAAAACAGCAUCAUGAUUCUGCUUAUGACAGCACAGACCUUGAAGGGGAAUGCAGUCUCAGUGACCUUCAGCCCAGUGGCUUAUCCCACACUAGCAGACCAAGCAGUACAGAAUUGUACCCCAAACAGCCACGAACCCAGAUCCCUUCUGCCUUCUCCCUGGCUCAUUUUAAAAUGAUGAAGAAACUUGAGAGGAGGUCCUCAGAACCAGACUUGCAGUCUUCCAAGAAUUGCCAGAAAGGCUGUGUGAAACUUCCAAAACUUUCCAAAAGUGAGGAGAAUUUUAUUCUGCAGAAGGAAUUGGGACUGAAGGAUAGAGAGCUGAGAAUGAGAAUGCAGACAGUUGAAGAAUCCCAUCCUUCCUGUCACUACAGGAACAAAAAGCCAUCAGAUCUCAGAAUCAAAGCCAACCUCCCUGCAGAAUUAUCAAGUGAUUCCUUACUCAGCACAUCUUCUUCCAGUUCACUAGACAGUGCUUCCUCUAUCUCGGAUUCUUCUGUAUUCACUAGUUCACCACUCUCGUCACCUGCCAUUUUCAAGAACAAUGUCUUGACGCGGCCACAGUCCUUCUCUGCCAAAAUUUCAAAUGGAAGGGACAGAGCUGUCUCAGAGCUCAAGAAGCACUCCAUGUCAUUUUCUGUGGCAACUCGCAAGAAGAUGCUGGCCAAAACGGACAGUCAAAAAGGCAGUUUCAAAAAGGGUUCCAGAAAAGAAAGACCACUUUCCUGUCAAAUCAUUCAAGCAGCUCAUGAGGCUGUUCCCAGUCCAGAACCUUCAGGCUUUCCACUAAGACCCCGUUUUAUGUCAGCAGUUGAAGUGUUUCAAUGUUUAGAUCAAAAUAAACCUAGAAGGCCUCCUUCCUACGAAGAGGCAACCAAACACUUUUCUGCUGUUAGAUUUCCAUCACACAACAAUUUGAGAGCUCAUCCUCUGAGGCCCACCAAGGUUCCUCAGGAUUCUGCAUCUCAAUGUCUGAGGCUCAAGAAAGAGAUCACAAACAAAGCAAAUGACAGAUUCUCUUUGAUGAACGACACCCAGGACAAAACACCAGUUGUGGAUUUUGUUAUUGGAAUUCAUUCACGGGUAAAUUUGCCUUUGACCCCUCAAGUGUACCGUCUCAGGACCAUGUCUGGGUCAUAUCAAAAGAAUAAGCAAGAAUAUGUGACGCUACAGAACAAUCAGAUAACUUUUGAGCACUUACAACAUGCAAAAGAAUCCUAUGUUUAAACUUAAUUGUCUCAUUUCAGUACAAAUGUAUACAUUUUAUGCCAGGCAUGGAAACAAGACUUUUGCCAAACAUUAUUGCCUAAGCAGAUAUAAAUCCAAUUUUCCAUAAAAUUGUAUUGUGUCUAGUAUCCAGU